CCUAUCAAUAUGCCUAUACUCAAAAUUCCUAUCAAACAUUAUUUAGGAAUAGUGUCACAGUCUCAACAAGAGGAUUUAAAAAAACGUUUCAGAAAAAGGGCCGAAGAAACUGAUACUGCUAGAAAUGCCACCGAUGUCAGAAGAACCCCCUUUGAAACAACAGAAGGCUUCAUUGAAAAAUACAAUCAAGCACAAGGCUGCAAAGAGCAGGAACAGUAUGAACAUCUUGCAAAGCAGUUUCUUAGUCGAUGCAAGCGUCGUGCAGGAUUCACAUCUGGAGGUGAAGGCAAACAUGUUGAUCUCCCCGGGGCCUGGACACAGCUUCUCCUGCUGAGCUUGUGCAAUGGAAAAGUUAGAAAUGAUUCUUUGGAUGUCCUGGUCGUGUCAUUGGACCAUGCACCUGUUGAUGCAGAUCAGAUCCCUGUGCUGUUCCACCUGGCAGAGUCAGCCCAGUAUUUCCUGUGCUCUGAAACAACUCUUUUGGACCAGCCAUGUUCUUAUGAGAUGAAGAUGCUGCAGCUUGGUUAUUUAGUCUCUCUGAGGCUGUUCAUCUUUAAACUGACUGGUAAUUUGAAAGGACAUCAGCCAAGCAGCAUCUAUCUUCACAGCUUAAAAGGGCUGUUGAAAUGUGAGACACGCUACCAAGAGUUCCCCGACAUGUUAUUUGCCGCUCACUUCAUGCUGCGCUUCGGGGAGGAUCUGUGUGCUCUCAAACUUACCAACGACAGUUCAUUGCAGGUCUCUGCGGAAGCACAGGAGCAUGGUGUUAACCAGAUACUAUGGCACUGCCUUCUCAGCUAUCACUGUGUGCAAAACAAUGGCACUCAGCUCUCUCAAGUGAUCAAACAGCUUAUGUUGCUGAGAGAUAAACUUCAACAUGACAACUGGGCCCACUGUGGGUUAGGACUGAUGAUUCUGGGAGAGGCUGCCAAAUCUAGCAUGCUGUGCCUUCAGACACUUAUGAACCUUCACAUGACCCAAAGACAAGAAAGUUCUCAGAAAGCUUCCUGGCCGUGGCAGUUGGAGUACAUUUACUGCUCUAUUUUGAUCAACAUUUGCCAAAACAGCUACUGUGCUGAAAUUAAGAAAACAGCCCUCAGUGGACAGUCAAACUCUACUCAGUGCAGACGUUCUGGAGGAAUUAUAACCUUGCUAAAACAAUCGCAUGAAGACACAUGGAGGCUGCGGUACAGUGUGGUUCAGGGUUUGGCACAGAUCAGCCGCAGGAUUACGCUUCAGGAUGGUUUGAGGAACACAGCCUGGUUAAUGCUGCAGAAGCACCUGAAGCAGGAGACAGACCCCCGUGUCAUGAAUGUUGUGAGGAUCACUGAGGGUGAUAAAAGGCUUCUGGAGAACCACAGAGAGAGGAUGAGAAGUUCCCACACAGUUGAAGUGUGCGUAUGUGCACAGAGCGAGCGGAUCACUGGUCGGCUAGCACACUCUCUUUCCCAGAUCUGCUCUCCAGUUCAGCUCACUACUCAUUCUGCAGACCACCGGCACAGAAUAAAAACCACCAAACCCAGGAAAGAGGCAGUUUCCACAGCCAGGGCCGGAAGAGGACGCCCUGAACUGAUCACACCCCACUCCAUUACGAAAGACCAUCACAAGACACCAAGACAGGGCAAACAUGAAGCUUCUCAUCUGGACCUGAGAACCAGGACUGAUAUUGAUCUGAUUAAAGUUGUGGAAGAUCAAUGGCAAAAGGAACUGAAAAUAAUGAUGGAAAGAGAGGAAGAGAUGGAAAAGACAGAGCUGGAAAAAAGAAAGCAAGAGGAAGAGGAGAAGAUCAUGAAGAAACGCAUGGAAAAGGUCAAAAAGAACACAAAACCUUAUCAGUUACCAUGAAAUGACAACAUACGAUGAGUCUUUAAAGCAACAAGAAAUAGUCCUUGAAAUCCAAACAAAAAAGUCUGAACAUUUUUUAUUUUUUUGUAACAUUCCUUUCAAAUGACACAGACAUUCGUUGGCUACAAUUGUAAUUGGCAACACUGGUAAAAAGAGGCAUACUCUUCAGAUAGUCACCACAGUUUUCAAGAUUAAAAAAAAGGAAUGUUCUCACAAGGUUGGAAAGCAUCGGCCUGCUUUCAUUAUCCAGUCACAGACCAAUUUGCUCAUAAAAGUGUGAAUUAAGCAGCUAGUUGGAAGACAGUGAUCACAACACUUCUGACUGACCAACUGAACGGCAAGCCAGUCGAAAUUUU